CGACACUUUACUACUGAUGUCGCCAUUUUUGUGACAAUCAUACUGCUAUCAUCUUGCUAAUAUUUUGCCGCUGUUUGCCUCGUAUUGUGCAUAUCUUCGUCUGUGAACACUAUGAGUUCCUACGCCCAAGCUGUUGACCUCGUGAUCAGGUUCCCCUUGAACUUUGACAUCUGGGCCCCUCCUCGCCAACGUCGUCCUGGGAGAUACAUGACCAUCCUUGACCCCCUGUCAGAGCUGCCCACCCCUCCCACCUCUCUCCCUGCCCCUCUCUCUACCCCCGUCCUCCGUGAUGCCCCUCACUUCGUCGAAAUCAACCUCGAUGAUGACGACACCCCGACCCAGUCCCCAGUUCGAGUCUUCCUGUCACGUGUGUCUGGAUUCUUGAGGAGAGUGUUACGUGUCAAGAUGGACGCUUAGAGUGACAUCUUGCUACCUCUUGGACGAUGUGUCUAAUAAUUAAUUAUAUUGAAUCAUAAACACAAGAUAUUUUGUGCUUUUGGCAUUUUUGGAGAUUUCAGAAAUGUUUUGUUUUACUUUUCGGACCUUUCGGACAUUUUGUGCUUUUGGCUUUUUAAAAAAUUGUACAAUAUUAGUAUUUAUAACACCUUUAAAUACUUAUAUGUUGAUUUACACAUUUUGGCCCUUCCGAGUGUUCCGUGUCAAAAUGGACGCUUAGAGUGACAUCUUACUAACUCUUGGACGCUGUGUCAUAUAAUACAUUGAUUCAAUCAUAAAUACAAGAUAUAUUGUGCUUUUGGCAUUUUUCGACCUUUCGGGCGUUUUUCUAUUUUUCGGACUUUUCAGUCACUUUGUGCUUUUGGUUGUUUUUUUCUCCAGAAAUAUACGCUAUUUGUAUUAUACGUUUAAAGACGUAUAGUUUGAUUUACACAUUUAGGAACUUUCGGACAAGGUUUCAACUUCUAUUUUAUUUGAUUAAAUCGAUUACCAAUCAAUAUUAACUAUUAAAGAUUAUCUUUUGUUUUUAGCCCCUUUGUUUUGUCUUUUGUUAGAUAACACUCGAUCUUGAAAAUCAAUCAAGCAACGCGUGGUAUGUGCAGAAACUGCAUAUAACGUUUUUAGAAUCAUCAGUUGUUCGUGUGGACUCAUGACAACAGAUAGUUACAGAUUCUGACUCGAUUCUUUGCAUCCCUCUCAGCAUAUUUGCUGUAACAUUUAACAUUGACUUACAAUACUAAGGGUGCCAGGUACCCUUUUGGCACGCGGGAUUCGGGGUCUAUUUAGAGGAUUUUCGGGACUCAGCAGUGUUGUACGCGGGACGCAAAUUAAAUCGUAUUUGAGAUCCAAGAUUCGAACCCGCAGUCAUAGGGGUCAAGGUACGGUGAACAACGCGACUGCACAGCUUCCAAUACCUUGGUCACCCGCGCCUCCUUGCAUAAUUUAAAUGUAAUGUCGGUGUAGUUGGUCCUAUGUCCUAGAGUUCCUUGAUGUCCUAUGUUACUCAUCUUCCCGAGGCAAGGAGUUAACUGACUUUAAAAGUCAAGUUUCCACCCUUGCCGAACUAGGCUGAAAUUCCUGGGCUCGAUCGUA